AAAAUGAAAAUGACAUUAACAAAGAUGGCGCCGACUGAGCUAGAAAAGUGUUGAGAGCAACAAACGAUACAACUACAUAACAGUGUAUGUUUACCAACUAUUUUGGAAUAUUUCGUGGCCGGAACUCUGCCUUGACAACGGGAAUAUAUCUUGCAAAUUUCGAGGUUUCCCGCAGGACCUCUGAGAUAAAAUAUAAAGCAAAUUGGAACUGUUUGCCAACUAGCAGUUGAAGUAGCCUUAGCAUCGCGAGCGUAAGCUAACUGCGGAAGGAAAGCAAGGGGGACGCGGUUCGAAGUACACGGCGACACAAGUCGAGCGCUAUCUUGUAAACCAAACAACUUUUGCUUCCGGCACCGUGAGCAGUCUCGCCGGGACUGCAGUGUGGAUCACGUCGUCUAAAACAGAGGUCGGUGAAGCGAGAAGAGGAAAGCUGUAAAACGAGGUGGGAAAGCCGUCUUAGCUGACCCGACGCCAUGGCUCACUCUCCGAUACAAAGUGGGCUUCCGGGGAUUCAGAACCUCAAAGCCGAUCCAGAGGAGCUUUUCACCAAGCUGGAGAGGAUAGGCAAAGGGUCCUUUGGCGAGGUGUUUAAAGGCAUUGACAAUCGCACUCAGAAGGUGGUGGCCAUUAAAAUAAUUGACCUGGAGGAAGCAGAGGAUGAGAUUGAGGACAUCCAACAGGAAAUCACAGUUCUCAGCCAGUGCGACAGUCCUUUUAUCACCAAGUACUUUGGAUCCUAUCUCAAGGGAACAAAAUUAUGGAUUAUUAUGGAAUAUCUGGGCGGAGGAUCUGCCCUUGAUUUGUUGGAACCGGGCGCCCUCGAUGAGACGCAGAUUGCCACCAUUUUGAGAGAAAUCUUAAAGGGGCUUGAAUAUCUGCACUCUGAAAAGAAAAUCCACAGAGAUAUCAAAGCGGCCAAUGUGUUGCUGUCGGAACAAGGUGAUGUCAAGCUGGCAGACUUUGGUGUGGCGGGCCAGCUGACUGACACGCAGAUAAAGAGGAACACAUUUGUUGGUACGCCUUUCUGGAUGGCGCCUGAAGUCAUAAAACAAUCGGCGUACGAUUCAAAGGCAGACAUCUGGUCGCUGGGAAUAACGGCGAUAGAGCUCGCUAAAGGAGAGCCGCCCCACUCUGAGCUCCAUCCCAUGAAGGUUUUGUUCCUCAUCCCAAAGAACAAUCCACCCACGCUGGAGGGCAACUACAGUAAACCACUUAAAGAAUUUGUGGAAGCCUGUUUGAAUAAAGAGCCUAGUUUUAGGCCAACUGCCAAAGAACUGCUGAAGCACAAGCUGAUCGUACGGCAUGCCAAAAAGACAUCCUAUCUGACAGAAUUGAUCGACAGGUACAAGAGGUGGAAAGCAGAGCAGUCGCGAGAUGAAUCCAGCUCAGAGGAAUCAGACGAGGAGACGCAAGGACAAGCAUCCGGAGGCGACGCUGCUGCCAAUGACGACUGGAUCUUCAACACCAUUAGGGAGAAGGACCUGAAGAAGGUUCAGAAUGGGACUGUGCAGCCUGCUGAGUUGGAAAUGAAACCGAAUUUACAGGAGCAAGAGAGUCUAAAGAGGCCUUUGUCGCAGAGUUUAUCAUCCAUCUUCUCUCCGUUGUUUUUUGAGUUGAAAGCCAAGGGAGAGAUCAGCAAUGGGAAGCCCGAGGCUGCAGAGGCGCUGCAGGAGGCCAUUUUACUGGCUGAAGACAUGCAUCCGGGCGUGUGUGACUCACUGGUGGCUGAACUACUGCAGAGACUUCAGAGGUUUUCUGUGCCUCAGACUGCUGCCAAUCAUUGAGAAGAAGCACAACCGCGCACUUUGGUGUGGACGUAUGGAUGAAGGCAUGCAAACCUUAAGGAUCUGCUCUCCAUCACUCAUUAGCCUCCUAGUGCACACGACCACCACUAGAGGGCCCUACUGUGAGCAGGGGAGUGUGUCCAGUUGGAGGAGAGUGGACUUAAGCCAUCCAUCUCUCCUGAGCUCUUAAUUUGGAGGUGUGUGUGUGUGUGUGUUUGGGUGUGGGUGAAGUGUUCUUUUGAAAACUCAGGUAUCCUGCUUUUAAGGUCCUCUGGGAGGUCAAAUGAGCUCUAUAGGAUGGUUGUACAAACUUGUAAAUAAGCACAUUUCUACAGAUACGAGAACAAAAUGAUAAUAAUGGUAAUAAUUAUAAUAAUAAUGUGGUUGUACAAAUGGCCAAACGCAGACUGUAGAUAAUAUUGGUUGUGAGGUAAAUAUUUACAGAGUAGAAGGGCCAUACAUGAGAUUGCCUUCUGACAGUAUAUCAGUCUUCGAUUUGUCAACGUCAGUGAAGCCUUGUACUCACGGCUUCGAUGUUCGUACAUUCAAACCCCAUCAUUUCAUGCCAGGUGUUAUGAAACAUCCUUUGUGGAUCAUUCCCACACAGCAAGCUUUCCCAAAAUGCGUUGCAGGUCUUUUUUUUCGGGGGGGGGGGUGAGUAUUAAAAUGCUGUUUAUCUUCUUUUUUUUUUUUUUUUAAGUUGAUGAUUGUCAGCCACAUGAUGUUGACAAAGGGCUUUGGGAUUCUGUGUGUUUGAGUACAUUGCUGUCCUGUGUGUUUUUGUCAGUAGUUCGUGUACAGUAUGUGAUUUAACAUAUUUCAAUAAAUUGGAAUCUUGUAGAAAAAUUCAUUUAGUUCAAUUCAAAAAGUCAAACUCAUUGAAUGAAAUACAGUGGACCCCCCCACAUACUUGUUGUGCGGCACAAUUCUUUUCAGUAAUUGUUGAAAAAAAUUGUACCAACAACGAAAACGCGUAUUGCUGGUUUAUCGCCACAUACGAUUUAUUUUAUUUUUUCUCAAUACAAUUAUAAUGGGCAUCAAUUAUCCGCUGAUUUUCGCUAUUUGCGGUCCGGCCCGGUUCCAAUCCCCCGGGAAUAGCAGGGGUCCACUGUAUUUCACUCUGUGUGAAGUGAAUCUUUUUGAAUUUAACUACCAAAAUACAUUUUCUACGAUAUUCAAAUGUAUUGAGAUGCACCUGUAUUUGAGUAUGUUGAGGUUCAUGGGAGUAGGCAAAUUUGUCAUCUUGGUGCUGAGCUGGAAAAAAGUGGGACUCCCUCCCUGCCUUAGACUGUCUGAAAGAAGUGCCAAUGGAUUUGCUAUUCCUCCACUUGAGUACUUUGGCUGUGCUGACUUUUGCUGGAGGACCAGAGGAUGUUUCGAAAUGUCUGGAUCUUGUACAAGGAAUGGCCGUUUGUAUGGGCGUGAUGCAAUGCGCCCACUUUUUUCAUACAUUCCUUUAUCUCUUCAAGUUGUUUUCCUGCCUUUGCUGCGUGACUGACUUUAAUUAUUUCCCCGUUGAUUGGCUUCGGAGUGCAGUGUGCUCGUCCACUUUGCGAAUCGUCACACAGUCUUCCUCUGAUUGCACUUGGAGUUCAAGAAAUGCCUUUUAACUUUUUGGUAGCCGUACAAAACACACAAAGAAUGAGACAGUAUAUGUGGGACAAUGGAAAAGCUAAGGUGUGACUUGUAAGGAUGCAGAUGACUUGAGAUGACUUCACAUGUACAGUAAAUAGGAGAUUAGCACGAUGGGUGGGUGUCCAGGGGUCAUUAUUUAGCAGUUAAAGACUGACUGUGACAUUAAAAAAAAAAAGGCAGCAUUAAAAAUGUCAUCCACUACUAGGCCGACUGCUACUAGUAAAUUGGUUUAAAAAGAGCUUUUCUCAAGACACAAAGACUCAAAGAAACCAUUUACGACUAAAGUAGUGAGACAAUUUCUCUUUUAUUCAGUUUUAGAAGCAAAAAUGCCCCCCCCCACCCCCUUUCUGCUGGAUUUCAGUUCCAAUUUGUGAACAUAGCACAUUAAUAAUCUUCAAGUAAUCACCACUUUAAUGAUUGGCUGACCACAGAUUGCUCGCUUAUAUUCUGAAUGUGGAGAUGUGCUCAGUACAGGGGCGGAUCUAGUUUUGUGUCAUAAAGGGUCGUAAUCCACCUCAAAAUCCAGAACAAUCCUCUUAUUUGCCUUCUUGCUGUGACCCAGCAGGUUUUCCAAAAUAAAUACAACAUAUAAACAUUAGAUAAUAGCUUGAUUGGUUUUAGCCUGUUUAAUAAAUUCAUGUUGAAUGAUUUAAAAGUGACCCUUGUAUUCUUAAAAAAAAAAAAAAAGAAUUCUAAAAGAUUGGACCCCCCGGAUUAUAGAGCUGUAAUUGAGCAAUGGUUGAGUAGGUGUGACAGUACAGCAGUAUGAAGUCCGUCGGUCGGCCUCUUCACGUAUGCGUUUUAGCACACGUGAAGCAGGAUGCCAUCCGUGCUGAUUGCUGACUUGACUUGAAUCAGCCUUAGGUGAUGUGACGUGAUGGUGGGGGGAAAGUAUAGGAUCAGCUUUAAAAUGCUCAAAUCGAAAUUCUGCUGCAGAUGCGUUGCUGGACGCUCUGACUAAAAUAGGACUUUUUUUGUUAGUUUUUUUUGCCACAGUGUUAAUGAACAAUUAAGUCCUUGAAAUCAAAUAUUUACAGUUGACUGACUGGCUGAUGUGUGCUUAUUUUCUCAUGUGGUCCACUGUUUCACGUUUUAUGUUCGUGCUCCAGAGUGAAAUGUGCCACGUGAGAACGCAUUUCAACAAAUUCAAUUAUGAUUUGCACCUUUUACAUGCUCAAAAUGCUCAUUUUAAUUGCAUAUUUUUUUGUGUUGCACUUUGUCUGAUUUUUAUUUGGUUGCUAAAAUGUGGUACUUAAUGUUCUUUCGUGCUUACACUGCUUCUAUUGUCAUUUCGCUUCCCAUUUCGUGUGUUAUGGCAAUAAAGCACAGUGUGAUGGCCAGGAUUGUCUUAGCGCAACUAUAUUCUUUCAAACUAUUUUUAUAACCCAGAGGGGAGCAGUAUUAUUUAAUAGCGCUAGUAAAGUUUGGUGAUGUGUCCCUAAAGAAUCGGUAAACACUGGAAAGCAAAUGUACAUUUUAUGUGAUGACUCCAAUAGACAUGUUUGUUCAUUUGAGACAGUGCUGUUGGGUUUAUUGGACGUUGUCAAAUGAUUAUGACAGAAAUAAAAAUCUAGCACAGA